AUGAAAUGUAUAAAAACAUGUUAAUAAAGUGCUGGAUAUGUAAAUUUCCCAUCUGCGCUUACUUUUCUUUAUCAGAAAAGAAAGUCUUCACUCGUUUCCUGCCUAACAAGGUUGAAUAAAUUUGUAUAUCUCAGUUGAGAGAGAGGGAGAGAGAGGGAGAGAGAGGGAGAGGGAACAUGUCAUGUGUUGAGAGCUAUGAUGCCGUCGUUGUGGGCUCCGGCUACGGUGGGGCGGUGGCAGCUUGCCGGCUAUCGAUGGCCGGAAUUAAUGUCUGCCUCAUAGAAAAGGGGAGGAGAUGGGAGGCGAAGGAUUUCCCCACACAUGUUUUCAGCCUUAUUGCAGCUGUGAGGAUGCAAUGGAGAAACUGGGGCUUUGGCUUCCUAUCAGACAAAGCUUUGUUUCAGAUACAUGAGGAAGGUGAUUCUUUAGCAGCAGUUGCAUGUGGAUUUGGUGGAGGCUCUCUAGUAAAUGCUGGUGUGAUUUUGUCUACGCCAGUUAGAACAAGAAGAGACCCAAAAUGGCCAAAGGAAUGGAAUAAAGACUGGGAAUACUACGAAGGUAUAGCAUCUUCAAUGUUAGGAGCACAGGUAGCUCCUACUGAAUUUCCUAAUUCUCGAGUUAUCAAGCAAAUUCUUGAAGAAGAGAUUGAAGAUUAUAAACCUGAUCCUAUAAAACUCAGCAUAAAAUUUAAUGUGAAAGAAGAAGUAGAAGAACAAACUUUAGUUGGAACUAAGAAGCUUGAAAGUUGCUUAGCUUGUGGCAAUUGCCUAUCUGGUUGCCCAUAUAAUGCCAAGAACUCUACAGAUAAAAAUUAUCUGUCUUCAGCAAUAGAGGCUGGAUGUGCAGUGAAAACAGAAAGCAAAGUUCAAUUUAUUCUUAAAGAACCAACCGAAGUUCGUCUCCAUAAUAGCAAGAAGCGUCUAAGAAGGUGGAGAGUUUAUUUUAAUGAGUUAGAGUACAUAGCUGCAGAUUUUGUGGUUAUUUCAGCUGGAGUGCUAGGUACAACUGAAAUACUCUUCAAAUCACAAAGAAGGGGGUUGGGUCUUUCAGAUAGACUAGGCCUUGGACUAAGCUGCAAUGGAAACAAUGUGGGAUAUGUUGCAAGGAGCAAAGCCCCUUUACAUGCUUAUGGAUUGAACAAGAAGCAACUCUUAGAGGUUCCAUUUCAUAGCAGGCCAGGGCCUGCGAUCUCCACAUCAUUCACUUCUUCUAAAGGUUUCACAAUUCAGAGUGGAGUUCUUCCUACUUCAUACCCUUGUUUGCUCUUCAAGGGAAUAACAACCUAUGGUUGGCCUACAUGUUAUUGGUUCUUACAUGGGUUAAUUGAUAAAAUAAAGUGUAGUAUAAUUGGAUUAAAACCUAGCCAAGAUAUGAUUCUUAAUGUGAUGGGUUAUGAUGCUUGUGAUGGAAGAAUAAUAUUUGAUGAUGAAGCUGAAAAAGUAAGAAUCACUCCUCCAAAUGAUCCACUUCUACCAAAAAAGAUCUUAGCAUUACAAAAUCUUACAAGGAAAUUGGGUGGCAUUCUCUUCAUGUCAAGUUAUAGAAGCACUAGUGUUCAUCUCCUUGGAGGAUGCAAUGCUGCAACAACUGCAACAUUAGGCGUUUGUAAUCCAAAUGGGCAAGUAUUUGGCCAAAAUACCAACCAGUCAGCUGUUCAUGAAGGUUUAUAUGUGUCUGAUGCUUCUAUAAUUCCAUGCUCAAUUGGUACAAACCCUUGCCUUACAAUCACAACUUUAUCGGAGCAUAUCAGUUGCCGCGUACUUGAUGAUAUUAUAAAAUUCAAAAGCAUGGAGCAUAAGAAAGAAGACAUAGAAAAUUCAGAUGAGAAUAAGGAUUCAACACAAAAAUCUUGGAAAGAACUUAAAGAUAAAUGGAAUGAUAAGGUCCUGGUGAAAGAAACAAUGAGAGGUUUCAUAGGAGGAAUGCCUUGCACUGCUUAUCUGACAAUGAAUUUGAACUGUGGAGAUAAGAAAGAUAUUUUCCAUGAGAGCUCAGUUAUAGAAAAUCCAAAUUCUCUUCUCAAAGGAAGAGUUGGCGGUUAUGUUAUUUUCAAAAGUUUUAGUAAGGAGAAGCUCUUUAUCUUGGAUGGAACGGUGGACUUAUGCGAAGUAGACAGUAGAACUCCCUACACACAGUACAUGCAUUAUGGCUUAAUUUUAGCUUCAACCUCUGGUUCAAGGUAUUGCCUUGAAGGGAAAAAGGUGUUGAAUCCAUUUUUGCUUGGAUCUUGUGCUUGGCGUGAAUCAACAACUUUGCAUGUUACUUUCAAAAAAGUUGAAAAUAAUGAUAUUACUGACCACAAACAACAUAAUAGUUCCACUGAAGAGUUGUUGGGUCUUCAAGGUGAGCUCAGUAUAUCAAUCUUUGAGCUUCUGAGGAGUGUGGUUAGGUUGAAAGGAAAGCAAAAAAACAAAUUUAUAUGCCUUCUCUUGCAAAGUCUUUGGAGGACAUACAUCUUGCAAGUACCUAGAUUUGUAAAAGAAGAUUUUGACACCCACAAAGUGAAUCAAGAUCCAUACCCUCCAUAUAUUCUUCACAACUUAAAUACAGAAGAUGGUUUUAUGCCUCAAGAGGGAAACCCCACCAAAUUCCCUGUUCUUUUGUUGAAUGGAUACUCAGGUGAAAGUUAUUGGUUGCCAACAGAAAGGAGAGAUUUGGUUAGAAUACUAUUAGAGGAAGGAUAUGAUACUUGGAUACUUCAAUCAAGAUUGCAUCCUCAUCAUCCUUCAAACAACUUCACCAUUGAAGACAUUGGGAAGUUUGACAUUCCAGCAGCAAUUGCAAAAAUUUCUGAGGUGCAUGGUCCUUUAAGUUUGGUUCAUGUGAUUGCACAUUGUGUCGGGGGUUUAGCGAUUCAUAUUGCUUUAAUGGGAGGUCAUGUUUCUGCAAGUAAAAUUGCAUCUCUUUGUUGCACCAACUCCUCCAUGUACUUCAAGUUAACAAACUAUGCUAUGGUAAAAAUGAGGCUUCCUCUACUACCUGUAACAAUGGCAAUUCUUGGGAGGAACAAAACAUUAUCAAUAACAGAUAGCUCAAAGGAUGAGUUUAGACACACUAUCUUGAAAUUUGUUGCAAGAAAUAUUCCUCGGACUGAACGUUGUACUUCUAAUGAGUGUGAGAUUUUCUCUGGAAUCUUUGGCAAUGCAUUUUGGCACAAAAACAUAAGCAAAACCAUGCACCAAUGGCUAAGCAAGCAAAAUGUGACCCAUCUCCCCAUGUCUGGUUUUCCCCAUCUUCGAAAGAUUUGCAAUGUGGGCUAUGUCGUUGAUGCUGAUGGAAAAAAUAAAUAUUUGAUUCAUCCUGAAAGAAUGGCUGUGCACACACUGUAUAUUUCUGGUGGGAGGAGCCUUUUAGUGACACCUGAGACAUCUGUGUUGGCAUAUAAAUACAUGAGGAUGCAUCAGCCAGGAUUUCAACAUAAAAGGGUGAUGGUGAAUGGAUAUGGGCAUUCUGAUCUUCUCAUAGGUGAGGAAUCAUAUAAGAGUGUGUUUCCUCAUUUUUUAAGUCAUAUGAAGAUGGCAGAGGGUAGAGGAAGAAAGGAGAGUGAAGAGAGGGAAGAAAAUUUGGUUUCUUGGGAGGCUUUUUAUGACGAUAAUGGAGGAUCAUGGGUUUUUCUCUUUUUCAUAUUUUUUAUAGCUAUUUUUUAUUGGUUGUGUCAAUUUUUUCCUUAGG